CAAACCGUCUUGAUUCCACUCUCUGGGUCGGUUGGAAAAAUGGAAAAUAGUUCACCCACAGACUCCACUUGAUGCAGUUGGAAAGAUGUCAGUGCUCCAGUUGGUAUUUCUGCUCGUCCUGGCAGGCAGCCGGGAAGCCUUGGAAGCCCAAAUGGACUCCGAUCUGGAUGAGAGUCCGGGACCAGAGCCCGUCGAUGGUCGAUCCUUUUUCCUUUUAGGGACCCUGUUUCGCCGUUGGCGUAAUCGUUGGAUGGCGUACCACAAUCCGGAUCCGAUUUUUGCAGGACCAUCCUACCCAGUCUCCGGCUAUUAUAAUUGCCCUGUAUAUGGCUGCAAUCCGGCGGCAAUCGGCCCGCAACCUGCUUACUAUGCACCCCCUCCUGGAGGAUUCUACACUACGCCCCUGAAUCAGCAGCAGCAGGCCCAGGGAAACAGUAAUGUCUACAUCUAUCAAAGUGAUCAGAACUCGGCCACAGGAUCCAAUCCACUGGGCUAUGGCUAUUUCGGCGGGGGAUCUCCACCGCCUCUGGGUCCACCACCUCCGGCCAAACUACCAUCUUCGCCAACGGGCGUGGCAACCGCCAGUGCCGGCAGUUAUGGAUUGGGUCCGGCAGGACAACGGCCAGGACCUUUACCAAUACCAUUGCCAUUCGGGUAACUCGAAUAAACGGAAUAAUUGGAAGCCGGAGGAAACA